GUUUUUCUUUAACCCUUUCGUUGGUAACCGCCCUCAAACUAAACACAGGUUUUAUAGUCUCACAGACUCACGGUGCAUCCGCAUGAAGCAUGAUAGCGUCUGGCAUAGAUGAUAGAACUGCAGAAUUGAAACCAACCGUCGGUUUGUUUGCAUGGCAUUCAAAUAAUGAAUGGCUCAGAGCCCUAAAAGAUUAAUAAUGUUGUAAGGGAUACACGCACUCCAAACUCCAGAAGAAUCCAAUAUACCUGACGACGCUGUGUGUUGCUUUUUUAUAUUCAUGGACCCUGAAUUUCGUAGGAUCGUGUAUGGUUUCUAUGAUUUAUCUGUGUGGCUUAAGGUGUGAGUUUUGUAGCUUCCUGAGUUUGAAUUUUGGGUCGAAGGGCCGAUUCAUGAGAAUGUUGGCUUCUUCUUCUGCUGCUCCACAUUCACAGAAAGACCUCGAGGAGGAGCUCAUAGAUUACGGUGUUAGGCUUUUCCCACUCCCUUCUUCUAAUGAUGAGCUUCUCAGCAUCCUUGAUAAAGUGGAAACCUUGCUAGUCCGCGUAGCUCAAGCCCCUUCUGAGACCACGAAGAUGGCACUCCAUCCAAUAAUGAAAGCAUUGAUUGGUUCAGAGCUUUUGGCACAUUCUGUUGAAGACGUAAACGUUUCUAUUGUAUUGUGUCUCAGUGAAAUAAUGAGAAUAACUGCACCACAACAACCAUAUGAUGAUGAUGUAAUGAAGGAAAUUUUUAAGCACAUUGUAGAGUCAUUUCAAAAGCUAUCCCAUGUGAAGAGUCAGUGCUAUUCAAAGGCUGUGCAAAUUCUUAGCAAUGUUUCAAAGGUCAGGGCAUGUGUGAUGCUUUUGGACCUUGACUGCACCACCUUAGUUACUGACAUGUUCAAACUGUUUCUCAGAAUCGUCAGGUCCUACCACUCAAGCGAUGUAUUAAAAAACAUGGAGGACAUCAUGACUUGGAUAAUCAACGAAUGUGAUGAAGUCUCUGGAGAACUUUUAAUGCCCCUUCUUCAUAGCAUCAAGAAUGAAAAUCAGAAAGCUUCAACUUUUUCAUGGAAGUUGGGACAGAAUGUUUUGAAAAAAUGUUCUGCCAUAGUUAGACCUUAUGUAGUAGAAGCAGUAAAAUCAAUGAGCUUGGAUGUUGGUGAUUAUGCUGGUAUACUUGCCUCAAUAUGCCAUGAAGUGACUGAUGGGGAAAACCUGAUCGAAAAUGAAAACACACCUCUUGGUGCAUGCUCUGUAAGAGUAGUAUCCAAUGUUCUACCCCCUUUGGAAUUGCAACAGGAAGCCAGUCCAACAAUGAUAACUACAGGUAAGAGAAGCCAGGAAUCUGAAAACCGACCCAAGACAUUACCGAGUUGUGAUCAAACUGACCAUAAAAAAGAUAAUGAUAGCCCAAUAGAUCUCCAACAGCAUAAUUUAGAAGAAAUGCAACCAGAAACAAAGCUGAGUACACGUCCUAGGAGAAAGGGUGGGAAAUCCUUGAGACAACAUGGCAACAACAGUGAUCAUUGUAAAAUCAAUGUUUCAGAGGAGUCAAACUUGCUAUUAGAAGAAGACUGUAAGCAGACCACCCCUGUUAUGCUUUCACCUGAAAAUAAAGAUUCUUCUCUCCCGGUCUCAUCAACACAUAUUAGAAAUGGCGAUGUAACCUUACAGAAAAAGGAGCGACUAAAGAAAAACCAGGUGGGUCUUUCCUCAGAAAAAGGAUCUGAAGAAACUACUAUCAAGGCAGAACCCAAAAGGAGCUCAAGAAAGAAAGAGCCAACUGCCCGGUAUAAUGGUGAGAAGUCUCUUGGCACAAAAGUUGUUACUGAAAAAGGAGGAGAUACUAGUUCGGGUAUGUCAUUACUUCACAAAAAUGAUCACCUCUCAAAGAAGGCUGUCAAAACUAAUUCCUUGGGCAAGGAAACCUUGAGCAAUAAAGAGAAUAGUGCGAUGAUUGCUGUAACCAAGGUGGAACAUGGUGAAGCAUUGGUUGGUGUAAGGAUCAAAGUUUGGUGGCCACUAGACCGUCGGUUUUAUGAUGGAAAGAUAGCAUCUUUUGAUCAUGUGAAGAAAAAGCACAAGGUUUUGUAUGAUGAUGGUGAAGAAGAAAUCUUGAAUCUUGGUAGGCAACGCUGGGAAGUGAUUAAGGAGACCCCUCUUGAUAAAGACCGUGAUGCAGAUCCUCCCGUAACUCCUAUUGUAUCAGCCAUGGAAGAGAGCAAGAAAAUAAAAGGUAACUCUUCAAGAAAACAAAAAAGACUCACCAGCAUUUCAGAGACAAAAAGGUCUAGAUGCAAAGUACAGCCAUUCCUUGCAGAGAAUGCUGAACGGAGCAAUACAACAAUGCAAGAUGUGAAGCAGGGUGACAAGCAGAACAAUCCUCCAGUCGAGGAGUAGGGCGGAACCUCUAUGGAACUUUUGGUUUGAAGGCCAACUUUCUCAAAGCGAAGUAGGGGGGAAUAGGUGAAAAUAUGUACCUAAACUCGUUCCACAAUACAAGUAUGCAUGUAGUUGCUGGGAUUACGUGUAGCUUAAUUUGUUUGAUUGUAGCUUAAUAAACCUGGACUUUGGGGCACUUAAGUUUCAUGUUUCAAAUUAGGGGCAUACGCAGUCCGAUUCUUGAGGCUCAAAGGCAGACUGGAAUUGUCAUGGUGCUCAAGUUAUGAGUCGGGGUUUUGUAAAGGUUGGGCCAUGGACUUGAUCGUUUUUUGGAUCAAAUUUUAAUGUGGGGAAUCUAAUUUCCAUCACUUUUUGAAUGAAUCUACAGAAACAUAAAUGACCC